GGAUGCGUGCCAGUAAUGGACCUCACCACUGAUGCCACCCCACCUGUGCCCUCCCCAUGCCUCAUGUCCCAUGGUGCAAUGGGGCUCGUAGGGCGACACCUUCAAAGAGCAGCAAACAAGUCAGCACGGCGGCAGAGCGUGGUGGUGUGGACUACUGGACUUGGAGACGUCCGAAGAAGUCUCGAAGGACCUCACCAGAGCUCAGAAAUACUCGCAUGGCGACGGCGAGCACCUCAGGGCUCGGGCGGAAGAAGAAGAGUCCGAGUCUCAUGGAUUCUUUUAGCAAGAUCUUUGGAGGAGACAAGAAGAAAAGGAGCAAGGGGUCAUUCCGGGGUCACCUGGCCGCAUCGCCCCAGCAGUCCUCCGCCCGCCGUCGGACCAAUGAAAACGCUGUGGUCCAGUUCUUCCGCAGCAUUGUUUCCUCGCCUCGCCCUAAGUCAAAGGCUUCCACGCCGCGUGCAGAGAGCACAAAGUCCCCGGUCAGACGACGCAGGGAGCAGAGCACACUGUCCAGGAUCUUCAACCUGUGAUGUUCUCCUCCGACGUCAGGAGAAACCAAGUCCCGUCCACCGCCCAAACGCUGGAGCACCAUCUUCUGAGCUCCCCGCUUCUGAGGUCCGAAGUGUGGCGGGAGAACAACACAUCUACCCGUGGCAGACUCACUACCAACCAGCCAUGGCUUGUUAACACACUAACACUGGCUUUCUUU